AGUUCAUUUUAUCCCUAAUUGCAAUACGGUUUUACACAAUUGUUUAUGUUUGCAUGUCGACUUAAAAGAUUCAUAUCUCACAAUUAGUGAGCAGCAAACAAGCUAGCUGGAUAAUACGUAAACAUUAUGUUAUCUUCCGGUUGAUUUUUUAUUGAUUGUGAAGUAAUUUUCGGUACAAUGUUUUAGAAUGGAUAGAUGCUGCGUUUUGUUUUAGAUGUUUCUUGUUUACAUUGAAAUAUUUAGGAAUGAUAAACUGUAAAGUUCAGUCUUAAAUUUUGACAAAAUAAAGUGAAAUCAACCAUGUAUGAACCCUGUGACAAUGAGAGAUAUUUGCGGUACCUGCUGCUACUAGGUGAAGCUGGGACGCUAGUACUGCGGGCUAUCGUGCUCAGAGAGGUUGGAAAAAGACGCCAACUCUUAGAUGUAAUUCUUUCAAACAAUAGAACACUUCUUACUGAUAAAAUAAAAACCCCGCACGAAUAUAGACGAGUUUAUCCGAAUACCUCUUCGGUAAAUGCCGACAUUUCCACGUGGGACAUCUCCACUUGUGCCAUGGUGAUAAAAGAGUUGUUUGGAAAGAUGUUAACACAUGAAGAGUCCUUCUUGAUUAAUGAGAUCCAAGCUCUAAGAGAGAAUGUCCCAGGUCAAGACUCACAACGAAUGACUAUUGAAGAAGAAGAAUAUCGUAGAAAACGGCUCAAACUUUCUGACACGCUUUUCAACCUGGCUGCCAAGACAGAUUUCAAUACACAUUAUUUGUGUUUAGAGGUGAUAUCAAAGUCCGGAGCGGCGUCAUACAGUACGGAGACGUUGCUACAGAAAUUGUCCGAACUUCACGAGUUUCCAAGUGAUAUGAUAGAGAAUUUACACCGAGAAGUUGAAGUGGUGUCUGAAGAAGAAGAUCACGCCAAUCACAAUCGCAGAUAUAUCAGAGAGAGAUCAUUCAGUGUGUCGUAUCGUAAACUCGGAGAAAAAUUGACAAAUUUACAUACACAGAGUUGGUAUUUUGGACCUUUGACAAGAGAUGAGACAAUGGAAAUAUUUAAAAAUGUCGAAACUGAUGGCGUGUUUCUUGUCCGGGAUUGUUUGUCGAAUUCUGGGAGCUACGUUCUUUGUGUUCAAGAGGGUGGCACGUUAAGCAACUAUCUGAUCAGACUUGUUGAGGAUGAAGACGGUAUAAAGUACCAUAUCGGAGAGAAACCAUUUCAGGACGUUCCAAGCAUAAUAGAAUUCUACUCAUCACAUUAUUUGGAUAAAACGCCUCUCAUAGACGCGGCUCCAAGGCAGAAAGUUGUAACGACGUCAGAUUUUCAAGGCGCUAAUGAGAAUGAUCUACCGUUUAUAAAAGGUGAAAUUCUAGAAAUUAUAUCAAAGGGAGAGGACAGAUGGUGGUAUGCUAAAAAUGCCGAGGGUAGAAUAGGAAUUGUACCUGUUCCUUUUAUCACAUCUUUAAAAGAAGACAAAUCUGCGAAAAAGGAAUGCGGAGCGGAAAGGACGCAAAAACCACAGAAAGAUGAAUCAUCUUCUCCACUGGUACCUAAGAGAUUACCAGCAAAGGCAGUUGUUACAAAAGCGAGGAUUUCGAAUCCAUAUGACAAAUCUCAACUGACUCUUCAUGAAGGGGACAUUGUACUUGUAACAGACAUGUUUGCAAAUGGACAAUGGCGUGGAGAAUGUAACGGUGAUAUUGGAGUGUUUCCGUACAGAUAUGUGAAAUUUCUGGAUGAAGUCUGAACAGUCAAUACAUGAAGGGACUACAGACUGUAUCAAAUUAACGAAUAAACUACCAGAGAAUUAUUGGAGAUAAGUGACGUUUUAGACAACACUUGAAUUGUCAGUACGUACGAAUUAAACCAUAAUUAUAUAAGCGACAUUGAGAAGGGAUAAUGUUACUCUCAGUUACAAAAAAUAAAGAAAAAUAGCGUUAAAGAAUCAACAUUAUUAGACCAUUAACAAAAUACAUUUUGUUUCACGAUAUUUGGCCAAUCACUAAUUUAUUCAAAGAAAUAGUUAUGUGUUGUCUGUACGUUUUUACAAUAAUAUAGAAAUAAUGAUAUUGCCAACUAACUUUUAUGUUUAUCCUGCAUUACCUAAAAUUUAAAAUUAACAGUUCCUAAAACCAGUCAAUAUAAGAAAUUCAGCAGGCUAAGUGUUAUUUUUUGUAUGACUUUAUCGACAAUUUAAUAUAAAUUUUGUAUACAAUAUCACACACUUGGUUUGUUAACCAUCUAUCGACAAUGUCAUACACUUGGUUUGUUAACCAUCUAUCGACAAUGUCAUACACUUGUUGCAUUACCCAAUAAUCAUCGUUACAGACCAUACCCUGUAUUCAUUUUGUAUUUGUCAUAUUUUGUGGUUUUGAAAUGGUGAUAACACCUAUACAAAUAUAUUUCUGUUGACACAUACACAGGAGUUAUUUCAUUCUAUUUCUUUAAUAAAUUUAUUGUUGUAUGUGCAGAUCUAGCAUUGAUCAAGAUUUUGCACUAAAAGUCCAGAAUCCAUACCCCAAUCUUUUUAAAUAGCACACCUUUGUGCUUCAUGUAAAACUUCCAUUUGGGGGAGGGGUGACGUUAGUAUCUAUAUUACAAAUUCUUGUUGCACGAGCUAUCCAGCAAUCAUAAACUUGUGAUCCAUUUGUAUUAACGGAGAUACGAUCAACUCCGAGGAGUCCAUUAGAUAUUUAGGCGCAUUUCUAAACCAAACACUAAAUUUCAAGGAACAUGUCAAACGAAAGUGCCGUACUGCAAUGUUAAACUAUCUUAGAAUAAAACGUAUCCGAAAAUACCUCACCAAAGAAGCAGCUGAAAUACUAGUUAUAGCACUCGUAAUGUCACACUGUCAUUCUUUAUGGUGUAUCCGAUUUUGAAUUGAAAAAAAUGCAACGUGUUCAAAACAUGUGCGCUAAGUCAGUUCUACAACGAAAGAAAUUUGACAGUUCAAGGCAAGCAUUGUUCGACCUUCACUGGUUGCCCAUCAAAUCUAGAAUCGAAUUUAAAAUUUUGACUUUUGUAUACAAUUGUUCAAUCGGUCAUGCUCCAAAAUACCUUUCUGAACUCUUAACCAAACAAGUACCAAAUACCCGACUACGUUCAGCUAAAACCUCUGAGAACUGCUACGUUAUUCCAUUCAAUAAAAGAAAAACAUUUAGUGACAGAAGUUUCGGAACUAUUGGUUCAAAAUUGUGGAAUCCGCUGUCUUUAGAGUUGAAACAAG